AAAAGAAGACAAGCGAUUUUGACGCGUCAAAUCGCAGUCCCCGAAACGAAACAGAACCGACACACAGAAAGCGGCAAGGAAAAAGUGCGUGCGUGCUUCAAUAUCGAUGGAAAGCGACCGUUCGUCUGCGUAUUAGCGUACAAAUCCUGGUGCCCCCGGCGUUGAAUCGCCCACCAGCCUGGAGAGGAGACCGGAUCGUUCCACCCGUCAUACGGCAACAGUGCUUACAAGGCAGCAAGGGCUAUCAUGAACCCCUACGAUGGUUCCCCGUGUAUGCACCAACUCUCUAUCGUAAUCGACGCGAAGAAGCGGAUAGCAAGCGAAUAGCGAAAUAGUAGUGAAUAGAAUCUUGAAUAGCAAGCCUCCUUACAAGUUAUCCUUUUUGCGGAAAAUUUAUUUGUGCCUAAUUUUGCCAGACACGCCUCGUCUGCGCAUCCCCUUUGCUGUGUAUAAUUUCCGCGUGUUUCAGCUUUCCUAGCUUCAUUCCCACUACAUCACACCGUCCGAUCGUUCGGCGUUUUGGGCUACAGCACUCUUUCAGUUCAGAUAAAUAGAUUUUUUGUCAAUCAAGCACCACACACUCUGCUCCCCCUUCUAUUCGGUAAUAACGGUCACUCACUGCCGACCCACACCGCUCUAGCACUGGAAACUCUUUCCGAUCAAAUUCAGGAAAACUGCACAUACAUACCACACACACACACACACGCCUAGACAUACGUAAACAAACGCACACAUACAUUAGGGCAAAAAAAAAAACAAAAAAGCCAUGGCUAAUAAAAUGGUCGGGAAGGGUAAAUUACCUGUUGAAUCGGAGGACGCGCAAAAGCUUCGGUUUCAGGUGGAGCUGGAGUUUGUGCAGUGUUUAGCAAAUCCCAACUAUCUGCACUUUUUAGCCCAGCGAGGAUACUUCAAAGAUGCUGCCUUCGUCAACUACCUUAAGUAUCUGCUGUACUGGAAGGAGCCGGAGUACGCGAAAUACCUCAAGUUUCCCAUGUGUCUGUACUUUCUCGAUCUGCUGCAGUACGAGCACUUUCGGCGCGAGAUCGUCAGCGCACAGUGCUGCAAGUUUAUCGACGACCAGGCGAUCCUGCUGUGGCAGCACUACACCCGGCGGCGCACGCGGCUGACCGCGCUCGGGACCACCAGCCUGACGGGGCUGGCGGUGGGCGGCCAGCCGGUCGGGGGCGGUGUCCAAGGGACGCUACUAUCGAACGAUCCCGCCAUCAUGCCCAACAGUAGCAGUAACAAUGGUAGCAAUAAUGGAAGCUCGAACAGUAGUAACAACGGUGCCGGCGGUGGCGGCACCGGUGGUGUUGGUGGCGUCGGUGGAAUUAGUAACGCCAACAAUGGUAAUAGCAACAACGGCCCCAACAGUGGCAGCGUGAAUGUACCGUCGUCGGUAGGGCAACAGCAGCAGCAGCAGCAGAACGGUGCAGGAAUCACGCAGCACAACGGAGUGGGUGGUGGGGGAGGCGUGGUAGGUGGCGGUGGCAUGCUGGGCAAUCCGAUGGGGGCGUUGGGCGGUGGUGGCAGCAGUUUACCCGGUGGAGGCGGCAUCAAUCAAAAAGUUCCUUAAAGCGCGGAGCGGGACUCACUCGAGCCAGUGUGCAGAUCAGCGUGCGGGGUCUCGGACCAAUCUCGGAAGAAACGGCAAAUGCCGCUUGCAAAACGUGUGUGUGACGUUUUCUUUUUUGUAUAAAGACUGUUUUUUUUAUAAAUACUGUAUAGCCUGUAUGUGGUGUAGAUUGUAAACGAACAAUAGAGAUAAUUAAAUUUCAAUCCUUA